AUGGCCAUCAAACUUAUUGGUUUCGCUCAAUCACCAACUACUGCCAGAGUUGUUUUAACUCUUAAUGAAUUGGGUCUUCCUUAUGAACUCGAGGGCGUUACUGAUAUUCAAACCAUCAAAACUGAGGAUUUUAUCGCGAAUAAGCACCCUUUCGGAAAAGUCCCUGUCCUCUGUGAUGAUGAUCACGUAGUUAAUGAAUCUCGUGCGAUUUGUCGCUACCUGGUAUCCAAAUAUCAGAAAGACGCAAAAACUGCCUUAAUCCCUAACGACGUUAAAAAAGCCAGUUUAGUCGAGCAGUACAUCUCUUACGAAUCAUCAUAUUAUGAUCCACCACUUUUAAAAGUCCUAUAUCAAGAAAUAUUUAGUAAGAAAAGAGGUGGAACUACAGAUGAAGCAGUAGUUAAGCAAUCGCUUGAGGAACUCGAAAAAACUUUAGAUAUUUAUGAUAAGAUUUUGGUAGGAAAAGAUUAUUUAAUUGGGGAAUAUUCUUUAGCUGAUCUCUUCCAUAUUCCGUGUGCACAUACUCUCUACACUGAUACAUCACACGGUGACAUAUUUAAUAAAAGGCCUAAUGUUAAGAGAUGGAUUGAUAAUUUAAGAGAACGUGAUGCAUAUAAGAAAACUUACGCUAAAUAG